AUGGCUUGUGGACCGUACAACGCUAUUCGCACAUUGCAACAGUGCGCCAGUGAUAACUUUUCAGUUAUCCACAAUGUUAACCGGGCAGCUGAGGCCAAGGAGAGCAUCCUCUCAAACUUUUACGUCGAUGAUUACUUGGAUAGUGUAGAUACUACUACAGAGGCAAUCGAGCGUGCUCGUAAUGUCGGCAAGAUCCUGCGCCAAGGCCAUUUCGUUUUGAGUAAGUGGAACUCCAAUUGCGCGCUGACCUUGACGGCUCUUGUGGAUGCAUCAGUUGCCACCACCGAGUCGUUUCCGAGUAAUUCUGAUACCACUGUACUGGGCUUGCACUGGAACCCUAAUAAUGACACUUUAUUUUACAAAGUACGGUUGCCGGACCUCGAUGCAAUUCCUACUAAACGCAACGUACUUAGCGAUGUCGCACGAUUAUACGACACAUCGGGAUUAUUGUCGCCGGUGAUCGUAUGGGCCAAGAUUUUUAUUCAGAUGCUUUGGAAGGCAGAGCUGCCAUGGGAUACAGCAUUACCAGGCUAUUUACGAGAUUAA